AUCCUAAAAAAUAUUUUGUUUUGAUUUGGAGGUUAGUUUAAAAGCAUUGAAGUUUUCGUAUACGAUGGCUAUUUGCGUGGCGAUUAUUGGCAAAGACAAUGCACCUAAAUAUUUCACCUGUACGAAACCGGAAGAAGAACUUAAUCUUCAGUACAAAGUUUUGUCAUCUUUGGAUAUCAUUGAGGAGAAACUUAAUGGAACAACAAAUUCUGAUCAUCGAGAAUUGUACUUAGGCAGUCUUUAUUCACUUGAAGCUCAUAAAAUUUAUGGAUAUGUUACAAACACAAAAAUUAAGUUUGUGAUUGUUGUUGAUUCAAUAAACACAGCUUUGAGGGAUAAUGAGAUUAAAUCAAUGUUUAGAAAAUUGCAUUCCAUUUACGCCGACACUGUAUGCAACCCAUUCCAUAUUCCAGGUGAACAGAUCACAUCAAAACAAUUCAACAUAAAAGUGAAGAACAUAAUUUCAGGCGCUGCAUGAAUUGCCCACUUUUAAGUUAAAAGUUUAAAUAUUUAUUGUAAUUUUAGUUGUAGUUUAGUUACAACUAAACUUACAUUUAAGUUUGAGUUAAAAUUUUCAAUAAUUAUCUUAAAUUAAUUUACAAUUAAUACUAAUAAAUGAGAUUGACUUCACAA